ACGUCACGGGGAAUUUCCAGCAAGGAAGUCAACUUUCUAUACAAACACAUAGAUUGUGGCACAAACUGCUUAUCAAUGAAACUGAAUCGUCCUUAUCUACCGACAUUUCUCCGCUUUUUUAUUCGUAAAUUCUCUGGUUUUCUUUGGUAAACAAGUCGUCUUGUAGUAUUUCAUGAGAAAAGCAGCGCGUGAGAGAGAGAUAGAGAGAGUUUUGUCUCUAUCGACAACACGUUUAGAUCUUUAACAUGGCGCAGUAAAUACAUUUUUAUAAACACUUUUAGGACGAACAGGAUAACAAUUCAUGUUCUUUCUGCAUUUGGACUGUUAUUUGUAAAGGAACCAUGAAUGAAGAGGACACGUAUCUUCCAGGGCACCAGGAGUUCUUUGACUUUGAUCCACACUGGAUUCCAGUGGACCCAGGAUAUCCCGCUGUGCCGACAUCGAACCCACAUCGUAUGGAAGGACCUUGUCUCCAAAUUACAGAACAACCCAAACAGCGGGGCUUCAGGUUUCGUUACGGCUGCGAGGGCCCGUCUCACGGUGGACUCCCAGGAGCCUGCAGUGAGAAGAACAGGAAGACGUAUCCUCAGGUCAAGAUCUGUCAUUAUCAGGGUCCAGCACGAAUUGUGGUCCAGCUAGUGACCAACAGCAAACAGCCGCACCUGCAUGCGCACAGCCUUGUGGGAAAACAAUGUGACAAGGGCAUCUGUGUUGCUGAACUCCAGCCCAAAGACUCUUCCAUCAGUUUCCCUAACCUGGGUAUCCUCCAUGUGACUAAGAAGAACGUGAGUAAGACUCUGGAGGAGAGGAUGAGUGAAGCCUACAGGCUCGGUUACAACUACGGUGUGGUCAUCCAUCCGGAUAUCGACUCUUUCCAAGGAGAGACACGCCUUCCCAGAGAGCUCACAGAUCACCAGAGGAAUCUGAUCUGCAAUGCCGCAGCUAACCAGGCAAAAGACAUGGACCUGAGUGUAGUGAGGCUCAUGUUCACUGCAUUUCUGCCCGACAGCGAGGGCGGCUUCACACGCAGACUCGAACCAGUCAUAUCCGAGCCCAUCUACGACAGUAAAGCCCCGAACGCCUCGAACCUGAAGAUCGUGCGGAUGGACCGUACUGCGGGGUGUGUGACGGGUGGAGAAGAAGUAUACCUGCUCUGUGACAAAGUUCAGAAAGAUGAUAUCCAGGUGCGCUUUUACGAGGAUGACGAGACAGGAAUCGUCUGGGAGGCAUUCGGGGAUUUCUCUCCCACCGACGUGCACAGACAGUUUGCCAUCGUGUUUAAGACGCCGAAGUACCGCGACCAGAACCUGCAGAAACCCAUCUCUGUGUUCGUGCAGCUCAAGAGGAAGUCUGACAACGAGACGAGCGAGCCCAAACCGUUCACCUAUCACCCACAGAUCAUAGAUAAGGAAGAAGUACAGAGGAAGAGACAAAAGACGCUGCCCAAUUUCCCAGAUUACAGUGGAGGGGGUGGAGUCGGGGGCAUGUAUAGAGGCCCAGGAGGCGGGGCUACGUCAGGGGGCAGCCAUGGCGGAGGUGGUGGAGGAGGAGGGGGUGGAGGUGGAGGUCAUUAUUACCAGGGUUAUUAUAACAACUUCAACUCCGGCUAUGGCUUUCCACCAGCCAUGGGUGGAGGAGGGAGCGGAAUUAAGCACUUCAAUCACGGUCCGGUGGAAGACACGGACGAAGAGAGCGACGGCGAUGUGGACGACGAUCCGGGCACAGGCGGAGUGUGUGUCCAGCCUAUAUUUCUAGCGUCGGAGGAGAUGAGUGAAGAGAGCGAAGGUUUGGAGGAGUCUGAUGUGUGUGAGACAGAAACCACUGACUGUGUGUUUGAGCCACGGUUAGCCGAGCUAGCACAGAGACAUGCUGGGGCUUUGUUCGACUACGCCAUAAGCGGUGACAUUCGCAGGCUGCUGGUUCCACAGCGCCCUCUGAUGACUGCUCAGGAUGAGAACGGAGACACGGGACUCCACUUGAGUGUGAUCCAUAGUCAGACAGACGCAGUGAAGAACCUAGUGGAGGUGAUAGUGGCGAUUCUCGGAGAGGAUGUGAUGAACAUGAGGAACGACCUCUAUCAGACUCCAUUGCACCUGGCCGUAUUGACCGAGCAGAAGGAAGCAGCCGAGGCGUUAAUGGAGGCAGGAAGUGAUAUCACUCUGACCGAUCGCCACGGCAACACGGUGCUCCACCUGGCCGCCCAGCAGAAGGACGGAGAGAUGAUCCAAAUGCUGCUGAGACACCAAGAUGCGCUGGAGUUAAGCAACACACACAACACAGCAGGUCUGUGUCCUCUGCAUAUAGCCGUCUUGGCUAACAGUUUGAGCAGUGUGAGGGCUCUGCUGGAGGCCGGGGCUAAUGUGGAGGUUCAGGAGCGGACAUGCGGUCGCACGCCGCUUCACCUCGCUACCGAACACGACAACGUCUCACUCGCCGGAUGCCUGCUGCUUGAGGGUGACGCUGAAGUAGACAGUCUGACAUAUAACGGCUCCACACCUCUUCACAUCGCGGCAGGGCGGGGCUCUUUCAAACUGAGCGCACUGCUCAUCGCCGCAGGUGCAGAUCCUCAUAAAGAGAACUUCGAGCCGCUGUACUUCAGAGAUGAGGAGUGCUGCAGGGAAGACAAAGACGAGGUGGACGAGGGCUACAUCCCAGGGACGACCCCACUUAACAUGGCUGCUUCAUCAGAGGUGCGGGAAAUCCUGAACGGUAAACCGUACCAGCCCAGCACGGUCAUCAUCCCACCACAAGGAGACAUGCAGAGUCUGGGCGCAGAGACUAAGCAGGCGCUGUGCAGAUGUCUGGAGGAGUCCGCAGGCGGCUGGGAGAGUCUGGCACACACACUCAGACUGGGCAUCCUCAUCAAUGCCUUCCGCCUCAGCCCACGGCCUGCCUGCACACUGCUGGACAGCUAUGAGGUCUCAGGCGGGACAGUGCGCGAGCUCUUAGCAGGUCUGAAGAGUAUCGGGAACAGCGGUGCCGUCAGCAUAAUGCAGGAGCGCAUUGUGUUUGAGAAAUCCGAUAACACACAGAACGAAAAUCUGACCACAGUAGGCCAUUGUGUCUCUGUAGACCUGCAGGAUCUAAAAUUAUCUGCGUCAGACGACGGCUAUGUGUGCGACAGCGGUGUGGAGACGUCCUUCCAGUAACCGAGCCUCAACAUGACUGACUCGCUGACCUCUGACUGGAGCCCCCCAACUUGAACUUUGAGCUCACAACCGUCAAAGCCGCUCGGAUAUGGGACUCCCCUUUGGUCUCUGCGAUUAGCUGCUUUCGAGCCACAUCCACACGCAGGACCAUUGGCUAAGCAGCGUUUGGAGUGUUGUGAUGGCGAGACACACUUGGUUGAAAAAUUUCAGUCGUACAAGAUUUUUAUUUAAGUACUUGUUUUUUUUUUAAACUCCGUACAGUUUUGUUUUUGAUUUUAUUAAGACACAGACAGAGUUAAACGACGUCUUGUUUAUUUUUUGACAGAUAUCAAGCCAGAAGAAUUGUACAACCAUAUACGACUAUGCUAUGUAUUUGUGUGAGAGUGGUAUUAUUAGCAUCAUCAGGAGUUUAAAUAUUCAGGGUUUAUACUAUAUAAUUAAUGUUCCUUAUUUUAUUUUUUUUGUAAAGUGAAUCCUGUCUCAGGAAACGCUGCACUCCUUUUAGCUCUGUCUGCUUCAUGUAGUCAGUUUCAUCCCAAAGCCUGGUGUCUUGCUCACACAUGAAUAUUGGCGUUUACUGUUUACUCAACAACCCCCCCACCCCCCGGAGCCUCUGGACCAAUAGGUUUUUUAGUAUACUGAAGAAAAACAAAAUGAAGCUUUUAAGAACAAUUUGACAGCACUGGCGUUUUGUUUAACAUUAUUUUUCUUACCAUUUUGUCUAAGCUUUUCAUCUACUGUUGCAUUGCACAGGUGUUUAUAGGUACUGUGUUGAUUUUGUUGUUGUUAUUGUCGUGUUUGUGGUGCUACAGUCGGAAACGAUGACGAGUACUGAAUGAAAUAGCAUUUUUCGGCUUUUUCAAGAUUGCUUUUAUUUUAUAAGCUGUCAGAUGGCUAGAUCCUAGCAAACCAAAGUCUCAAAUCAAAAAGGGAAAGAUUUGCCAAAAAUAUACAGAAUUACCUUCCAACGCAAUCUGUACAAGAUCAGCCAGGAUAUUUUUUAGUUAUUUAAAGAUUGCUUCUUUAGUUUUCCCAAUGUAACUAACAAGUAAAGAAAGCUUAUAGUAUUCUAUAAGUGUGUAUUCAUUCAUCUUCAGUAAGCGUUUCAUUCUGGUUAGGAUUGCGUUGGAUCCUGGGCAUGUCCCGGGAAUGCUGGGUGCAAGGCGGGAAAUACACCCUGUGUUGAACACGGGUCUAUCACAGGGUUCACAUACACGGGUAAUUUAGUAUAGCCAGUUCACCUGUUUCUGGGAGGUUUGAAGAAACCAAAGAACUCACAUGGACACAAAGAGAACAUAUGAAGCCCCACACAGCGAGUAAGCUGAGCUGUGAGAUGGCAAUGUUACCCAUCUCCACUUUAUAGUAUUGUGCAAAGUUGAUUCUACAUUGUUGCGUAAUCACUCUGAAGCUGGUUCGGAGUGGUAAAGUAAUGGCUAAUUUCUGAAUUUGUUAUAAUAGGAAAAUUGUGUAACGUUUUAUUCCUGCUUUUUCAGACCGUUCUCAUCUGAUGAUGAAACUGGAUCUCAUCAGAUGAGAUGUAAUCACAUGCAUGUGUGCUUUCCUCAUGAAAAAAAAAAAUACAAAGUCUAAUGGAUUUGACUUACUCGACUGUUAAUCCUCUGCUGAAAUACUUGUAUGAUGAAUGUAUUAAUAAUAAUUAGGCAUGUUUCAUGUGAUGGAUUCACAGCCAGUGUGUGAUGAUCUUUGCACUGUGAGGGUUUUAAAGAAAUGGAGUCUGUUUCAAACUAAAGAAAUGUGUACCAGAGACACCCCCCAUCCAGUGCUUGCAGUUCCGAGUAAACAAUAUGAAGACAUAUCAGUAUAAAGAUAUUACAGAAACAAAACACAACUGCGCACAAAAAUCUUUGCUACGCAUUAUCUUGCAUACAAGCUCAUAAACUGAUCCAAAAUAGUUUUCUUUGCUUCUCUGGAUAACUGGAUAGACAUAUGAAGCUCUAUGCCCUUUUUGUAUCUUUUCAGUGACGUUCUCAUUAUUUAGAGCUUCUUUAUAUAAUUGCUGUUGCCUUGAAAUUCUCAUACCAGCUCCACUCCCCUAGUGCUAUAUAUAUUGUUAUAUAGUGAGGAAAACCAAAGUUUGUUCUUGCUUAGCAGUGAAACUGUAUUUAUAUCUGCCUUUAAAAUGGGUUUUUAUUGACAUACUUUUAUAAUAAAACUUUUAAUUACACUCUG